AUGCCGAAACUCAUCAGCUACACUCCUCCAUGGCUAUCGCGUCCUGCACCUGGCGCAACACUCUUUGCAAGCACAUCGACCAAAAAACCAGGUUAUCUUCCGGAGAAUGAGGCAGAGUAUAGCGGCCCGACAAGGACCUUGGCAAAGCGAGGAAAUGAGAUCUUCACCGUGGUCAACAAUCAGAUCCGCUGGUCGAGCCUUACUCGGUUGAAGGAUGUAUGGCAGCAGCAGUCUAGAGCAAAGAAGGACGCUUCUGGUCAGACAAGGAGCUCUGAGGGGCCGUCAGAUAGCGAUGAGACAGACUAUUACAGAGUUCUGAUCGUACCAGUCUACGAACGGAUUCGGCAGAUGAUUCCUUCUCCAAAUGGCGCCUUUUUGGCCAUCGUAACGGAUCAUACAGUGUACAUCGCGGUGCUACCGGAUUCAUCGCAUCUGUCUGGUACGGAUCGCUCACCCAUUCGUCUCAAGUAUUACCAGCUUGGUCCCACUACGCACGUUAUUCCAGAGUCGCCCGUUGUUUCGGCGCUGUGGCAUCCCUUGGGGGUGCACACCAACCUAGGAGGCUGUCUUAUCACCGUCACCGCAGAUGCCGCAGUUCGGGUAUGGGAGCUGGACCGGAACAACCACUGGUCAUUCGACCGACCUACCCUGGCGGUUGACCUGAGGAAGUUGGUGGACGGAACAUCUUGCGACCAGGACUUUUCACCUUCUGGAUUUGGGAAGAACAAAGGAUUCUCCGCCGAUUUCGUGGAUAUGGAAGUCGCCUCAGCUUGCUUUGGCGGUAGCGGAAGCGAGAAGGAGAGCGCAUGGGCACCAAUGACACUGUGGGUCGCAAUGCGACCUGGUGAUCUUUAUGCCCUUUGCCCGCUUUUGCCGUCAAAAUGGCGAGCUCCUGCGACUACUAUUCCCUCCCUUACUUCGGCCAUUGUUCCAAAACUGUCGGCAAUGGAGGAAGACUCGUCGGAAUAUGAAGAUGAGCUGACAGCGUGCCGACAGCAGUAUGACUGGCUCACGGAGAUUGAUAACCAGGAUCCCUUGCAGACCAUUGCUGGCUCAGAUCUGGAGCCCGGGUCGGAGAUCCUGACACGUCCCGCCAAUCCCAGUGCGAUCCCCAGGUUACAAGGUCCGUUCCGUGUCGACACUGGGGACGAGCUUGAUGAUUUGGACCUUUGUGACAUCCUCGUCAUUGCGUCAAAAGUCGACGUGGAUGCUCUCAUGAUGGGUGAGGACGAUGAGCUCUCAGUGGAAGACAACGAUCAAUUGUCGGCCACUGUUAUCUGUCUCUCGACCCGCACUGGCAGGGUCCAUAUCUGCCUUGAACUUGAUGGCGUCGAGGGGCAGUGGCUCCCCAAGCUCAAAAAAAAUGCCUUCAGCACUCCCCUGUCUGAGCCGUCUGAUUUGGUCUUGGUUGAGUCAUUGGAUACGAUCAGACAAGAAGAGCAGCAUUUGAAUAACUGGCCGACCUUCACCAAAGACGUUAUCUCUCGAUACAGCUUCUUCGUCACGACCGCAACCAAUGUCACAUCUAUUUCGCUAAGUUCGUGGGUGCAGAGGCUUGAGGCCGAGCUCGGGUCAGAGGAUACGGCGGGCUCGGCUUUCCGUUUGCAAGUGCUGUGCGAAGGCACAGUAUCGCUCAGGGAGCGAAUCAUCGAAGUAGAUGAUGGUGGCAGUGCUGUUAAAGGCGAAUCAGACCAUCUGGCCUCUUCUCUGGUUUUCUAUGACUAUGAUCUUGGUUAUCUGCUGUUGAGCCACCACGCCUCUCGCCCGUAUGCUGCCAUCAUGGAUGCGCCUGAGGUUAGCCUUCCACCAAUUGCAGAUAUGGGACCAAUUGGUUCAGGGGCGCAGGCGCCAACUUCUCCGAUUCUACCACCCAAAAGACCUCCUUACCAAGUCCCUUCAAUUCUCUAUUCGGACUCACCCCUGGAAUUCUUCGUUGAAAAGCAUGUCCCUCAUCGACAACGCCAGUCGCUCAAAGAACAGGUGCGCUUGUCACCAGCAACGCUGGAUCUGGUUGCUGCUGCACACCGCAUUCUGUCUGCUCACACAAAUGCUCUUGAGAGAGCAGCAUCGGAUCUUUUCCGUCGCUGUGAGCGGCUGCAAGGGGAGAUGAAGGAGCAACUGAAGCAGCUCUCGGAUGUGGCUGAGCGCAUUAAGGGGGUCUCGAGUGAUAUUGGUGAGGAUGGCCAGCGGCGAGAGGGCUCGAGGAGUGAUGAGGCGCUGGACAAGAGGCUGAAGGCUGCAAAGGAGAGACAGGCGCAAUUGGUUGAGAGAUACGAGUCGCUCCGAAACAAGGUCCUGAAGUCGGGUGGCCGUCCACUGAGCGAGAGGGAGAAGGCAUGGCUUUCGGAAGUGGAGGCCUUAUCUGCUUCGUUGGAGAGAGAGAAGAAAGAAGAAGAGAAGGAUCAGAGUUUGUCACAGCGAUUGGGAACCGUCAAGGAAAUAGCGGCGGAUCUUCUGGCCGAGGCCAAGUCCAUUGCAGCCAAGGCACCUGUCGCACCGGAACCUGGGAGCCCGGCGUCCCCCACUGCCGCUGGGCCAAGAGUCCCACAAAGGCUACAAAGAGCGAAGAUUUCCGAUGCCAUGCGGAUGGUCGAGCGAGAGUCUGCUGUCAUUGAAGCCAUUACGUCUCGAUUGAACCGACUGAACUCGAGCAUCUAA